AUGCGGCUGCUGCCGGCGCUCCUGGUCCUCGCCGCCGCCCGGCCCUGGGCCCGCGCAGGGCCACAGUGGUGCUACCAGAAUCAAGUCAAGCCCUCCAACUACACCUGCUUGGGGCCAGACCAGUGGGGCGAUAGCUGCCAGAAUGACCACCAGUCCCCCAUCAACAUCGCCACUGCCAAGACACUGCUGGACCCAAACCUGGGACCCUUCUCCUUCUCCGGCUACGACAAGAAGCAAAAGUGGACCGUGCAAAACAAUGGCCACUCAGUGAUGAUGUUGCUGGGGGACGAGGCCUCGAUUGCUGAAGGAGGACUGACCGCCCGGUACCGGGCCAAGCAGCUGCACCUACACUGGUCCAAGGUGCUGGAUUGGGGCUCGGAGCACAGCUUCGACGGGGAUCGCUUUGCCAUGGAGAUGCACAUAGUACAUGAGAAAGAAAAGGGGACAUCGAGGAACACAAGCAAGAACCAGGAGCCCAAAGACGAGAUCGCAGUGCUGGCCUUCGUGGUGGAGGCCGGAUCCGAGAAUGUUAACUUCCAGCCCCUGGUGCAGGCGCUGUCUGACAUCCCCAGUCCCAAUAUGAGCACCAUACUGAAAGACAACAUCAGCCUCUUCGACCUGCUCCCCAAGAAGGAGAAACUGAGGAACUACUUCCGCUACCUGGGCUCGCUCACCACACCAGGCUGCGACGAGAAGGUGGUCUGGACCGUGUUCCAGGAGCCCGUUCAGCUCCACAAGGACCAGAUCCUGGCAUUCUCUCAGAAGCUGUAUUAUGACAACGAGAAGAAACUGAAAAUGACAGACAAUGUCAGGCCCCUGCAGCCCCGGGGGCAGCGCCAGGUUUUCAGGUCCCAGGCCCCGGGACGGCUGCUGCCUGUGCCGCUGCCCACCCUGCUGACCCCCGUGCUCGCCUGCCUGACAGCAGGCUUCCUCCGAUGA